UUAGUCGUGUUACUCGUAUGACUGUCUAUUGUUCUUUGAUACGGUUUAGGAAAAGUGACAGAUGGCGGAAAAACCUUUCACGUACUGAGCACGCGCGUAAACUCGGUGGGUUUUUUGCGUGGCAAGUAUCUCAGUUCGAUCACGACAAUUUUCGAUUCACGACAAUUUUAGCUUCGCGAACUUCAAUGAAUGUCAACAAAGAUCUGAAUUACGCGUUCGCACUCAGUCGACACUGUUUGCGAUUAUUAGGCAUAUGGCCCGAUCCACGUGUUUCCGUGAGUGACCUUCGCUGUCCCAGUUUGAGAUUUAUAAUCAUCACAUGUAUCUUGAGCUUCUAUGUGAUCGUGCCGCAAUUAACAAAUAUAAUUCGCGCUUGGGGUAACGUGGCCCUGAUGGUGGAGCACAUCGCCUCCGCGAAUUUUAGUUUGAUAGCGCUGUGCAAAUUGGUGGUCACCUGGUAUCACGGUGAAACACUUCGAACGCUGGUGACGUCGGUGGUGAUCGAUUGGAUUACCUCGAAGAGCAAUUGGGAACGAUAUACGAUGUUGAAGCUCGCAAGAUGCGGUCGAAGUUUGUCAUUUCGAUGUUACUUUGUCGGGACGGGAACGGUCGCGUUUGGCGGGGUUUUCCAUCUCAUCAAGUUCUAUCGUUUCAUGCAUCAACCUCAACGACCCAUCGUCUAUCCAUUCCCGUAUCCCUACAACGUACAAAAAAGUCCAAAUUACGAGAUCACCUUUUUUAUUCAAAUUUGUGGCGGUGUAUACACGGCCCUCAUCAACUGUACCGUCGAUAGCUUCGUCUCAACGCUUGUGCUGCACAUGUGUUCGCAGCUGAUAAAUCUACGAACAACACUGCAUAAUCUGAUUGACGAAGAGGUCGACAAAUCCAUGUCGUCUUCAAGAUUUAGGAAAAAUUUAAGCGCGAUUAUUAUUCGCCACGAGCAUGUCAUCAGGAACGCGAAGGCGCUUGACAACUGUUAUAGUGCGGUGUUGUUCGUGCACAUGCUGUCACUUACUUUUCAACUGUGCUUUCAAACGUUUCGAGUUUUCACGAUAAUAACGGAACACUUGGAGGUGCCUCUUGUCAAAAUAAUUUUCCUUUCGUUUUACGUUCUUCUCGUGUUAAUGCAUUUGUGGAUUUAUUGCUAUUCAGCCGAAAGACUUUCGGAAGAGAGCACUAGUAUCGCAUACGGCGUGUACGAAUGCAAAUGGUACGAUUUGCCGUCAAAAAAUGCGAANGAUUUAAUGUUCAUGGUACAUCGCUCCGCGGAUCCAUUAAUAUUGACGGCCGGAAAAUUCGGAACGUUUUCAAUUGAAAUGUUCGGAAUAACAGUGAAAACAUCAAUGGGUUAUUUAUCGGCAUUGUUGUUGCAAAAAUACAAAAAUCUGAAUUACGCGUUCGCACACAGUCGCCAGUGUUUGCGAUUCUUAGGCAUAUGGCCCGAUCCACAUGUUUCCGUGAGUGAUCUUCGCUGUCCCAGCUUGAGAUUUAUAAUCAUUACAUGUAUCUUAAGCUUCUAUGUGUUCGUGCCGCAAGUAACAAAUAUAAUUCGCGCUUGGGGUAACGUGGCCCUGAUGGUGGAGAACAUCGGCUCCGCAAAUUUUAGUUUGAUAGCGUUGUGCAAAUUGGUGGUCACGUGGUAUCACGGUGAAACACUUCAAAUGCUGGUAACAUCGGUCAUGACCGAUUGGAUUACUUCAAGCAACUGGGAACGAUAUACGAUGUGGAAGCUCGCUAGAUGUAGUAAAAGUUUGUCAUAUCGAUGUUACUUUUUUGGAACGGGAACGAUCGGGUUUUACAUAUUAUUCCAUCUCACCAAGUUUUAUCGAUUUAUGCACCAGCCUCAACGACCCUUCGUCUAUCCAUUCCCGUAUCCCUUCAACGUUCACAAGAGUCCGAAUUACGAGAUCACCUUUUUUAUUCAACUUUGUGGUGGUACAUACACGGUCUUCAUUAUCUGCAUCGUCGACAGCUUCGUCUCAACGCUCCUGCUGCACGUCUGUUCGCAGCUGAUAAAUUUACGAACAACACUGCAUAAUCUGAUUGACGAAGUGGUCGACAAAUCUAUGUCGUCUUCAAGAUUUAGGAAAAAUUUAAGCGCGAUUAUUAUUCGCCACAAGCAUGUCAUCAAGAACGCGAAGGCACUUGACAGCUCCUUCAGUGCGAUGUUGUUCAUGCACGUGCUGGCACUUAAUCUUCAACUGUGCUGUCAAACGUUUCGAGGUUUUACGAUAAUAACGGAACACUUGGAGGUGCCUCUUAGCAAACUAAUUUUCCUUUGGUUUUACGUUCUCCUUGUGUUAAUGCUUUUAUGGAUUUAUUGCUAUUCAGCCGAACGACUUUUGGAAGAGUAUCUCAGUCCGACGACAAUUUUCGCUUCGCGAACCUCAAUGAAUGUUAACAAAGAUCUGAAUUACGAGUUCGCACUCAGUCGCCAGUGUUUGCGAUUCUUAGGCUUAUGGCCCGAUCCACAUGUUUCCGUGAGUGGAUUUCGCCGUCCCAGCGUGAGAUGUAUAAUCAUCACAUGUAUCUUGAGCUUCUAUGUGUUCGUGCCGCAAGUAACAAAUAUGAUUCGCGCUUGGGGUAACGUGGCCCUGAUGGUGGAGUACUUCGCCUCCGCGAAUUUUAGUUUGAUAGCGCUGUUAAAAUUGGUGUUCACGUGGUAUCACGGUGAAACACUUCAAAUGCUGGUAACAUCGGUCAUGACCGAUUGGAUUACUUCAAGCAACUGGGAACGCUAUACGAUGUUGAAGCUCGCAAGAUGUAGUAGAAGUUUGUCAUAUCGAUGUUACUUUUUUGGAGUUGGAACGGUCGGGUUUUACAUAGUAUUCAAUCUCACCAAGUUCUAUCAAUUCUUUCACCAGCCCCAACGACCUCCCGUCUAUGAAUUCCCGUAUCCCUACAACGUUUACAAGAGUCCGAAUUACGAGAUCACCUUUUUUCUUCAACUUUGUGGUGGUACGUACACGGUCUACAUCAUCUGCGCCGUCGACAGCUUCGUCUCAACGCUCGUGCUGCACGUCUGUUCGCAGCUGAUAAAUUUACGAACAACAUUGCAUAAUCUGAUUGACGAAGUGGUCGACAAAUCCAUGUCGUCUUCAAGAUUUAGAAAAAAGUUAAGCGCGGUUAUUAUUCGCCACGAGCAUAUCAUCAGGAACGCGAAGGCACUUGACAGCUCCUUCAGUGCAAUGUUGUUCGUGCACAUGCUGUCACUUACAUUUCAACUGUGCUUUCAAACGUUUCGAGUUUUUACGAUAAUAACGGAACACUUGGAGGUGCCUCUUAGCAAAAAAUGUUUCCUUUCGUUUUACGUUCUUCUCGUGUUAAUGCAUUUGUGGAUUUAUUGCUAUUCAGCCGAAAGACUUUCGGAAGAGAGCACUAGUAUCGCAUACGGCGUGUACGAAUGCAAAUGGUACGAUUUGCCGUCAAAAAAUGCGAANGAUUUAAUGUUCAUGGUACAUCGCUCCGCGGAUCCAUUAAUAUUGACGGCCGGAAAAUUCGGAACGUUUUCAAUUGAAAUGUUCGGAAUAACAGUGAAAACAUCAAUGGGUUAUUUAUCGGUAUUGUUGGCAAUGAAAGAGUGACGGUAAUAUGAG